AUGAAAAAGAGAAAAGGUGCGCCGAAGACUCAGCCAUUAGCAAAAGAGUCGAGAACACUGGACGAGAACUCAUGGCGCGCCGAAUUGGAUGCGAUAUCCAUCAACGACGACAACUGGUGGUGUAUCGUAACCAUGAUGGUAGAAACGACUACCGAGCACUCCAGGUGCGUGUCUCUCUUCAACACCGCUGUCGAGGAAGGCAAACGGAAAGCCAUCUACUCGCUGAGCUACCAAAAAAUGGUGUGCAGCGUGAAAAUGUUGUCGAAACCGAACCUAGACAAAUGCCCGACUGUCCAAGGCGUUUGUCACUUCGCCAGCAAGUACUUAAUCGACGAGAAUGCUACGUUGCCAGCUUGGUUGGUGGCACAAGUGAUCAAGUAUCUGAUCUAUCGGAUCAAAGAAGAGACCAUCGGCAUCGUGAAGAGGAUGGCUGAGCUGGAACACGAAAUCGACGAAGAGUAUAGUAUCAUGCAGACCGUGGCUGAUUGGGGUCAACCGGGGUCGAAGUCAUUCAACACCGCAAAGCUGAACAACAAAGCGAUCACGAGGCUGCGUAAACGAGGGGAGGAAUGGCGGGACACGGUGUACGUGGACGACGCGCCCCUCGACGGUCCGAAUCUGUACAUAAUCCUCACGGGAUUCCACGAUCCGGAUCUUCCUGAACAUUUAAUAAACGCGGCGGUGCCGCUGAGCUUCGUAAUGCGGCUGAAGAGAUCGAACCGUGAUUUGGAUCGGUUGGUGGCGUGCGGGACCGUCGACGAGCUGGAGAAAACCCGGAGCACGAACCGUUUCGGGAUAUAUCACAGCAGCAUAGUCGAUCUGUACCGGUUCUGGUCGACGAUCGAGACGCGAACGAUGGAUCCGGAAACGCAUCCGGCGCUGCUCGACGUUGCAAUCCUGCUUUUCCGUCCACCGGAGCUGCCCGAGAUUUUCCGCGACGACGAAUACGAACAUCUCAAGAAGGAUCUGUACGAUCGGGUUUCGUAUUUCAUGUACGAUCUCUAUGAUCUUCAUCGACAACACGGGAAUUAUUUGAAGAGCACCAGAAUCGAGACGGCCAUAGCCGACGAUGCACCGAGGAAAUGCGCCACUGAGACGUAUAGGGCGCUGUUAGAUGCUGUCCCGCAGGAAUGCAUUUCCUUACCGUUCAUACUGUUUGCCAUUCUGGCGCAAAUCGAUGCGAACGACGGUGGAAACGCGAUCGAGAAGGAGAUCGAGGGAACAGACGAUCCCGAUGGUCAGACAGUAAGCUUCAUUUGCGGUGUUUGGUAUUCCGAGAUGGACUCCGACAAUUGA